AUGGAAAAUGUUCAAAAUGACAUUUCACCAGCAAGAGGUACAAAAUACAAGAAAAUGGUAUCCAUCAAUAAUGAUAGCCAAGAAGACAUGAAUUCGAUAGUCGUCAAUAAUGAAGAAGAAAAUUUGCUGGCAUCAGUUCGGAGAAGGUUUUUGAUAAGUAACGAAAAAGUUGAAACUGGAUCACUUAAUGUUCUAUCCGCUAAAUAUGAGAGUUUGGACUAUGAUACAUGUGAAAAUUAUCUGUUGUUAGACGAGGUGAGAAAAAAAGGCUACAAGUUUAUUGUUCAUAAGAGCAUAGCUAGAUGGUUCGUUUUCCUCUUGAUAGGCAUGAUCACCGCUCUGAUAGCUUGUAUAAUAGAUAUUUCCAUAGAAGAAUUAUCAAUUAUAAAGUAUGCAUCAUUGAGCAAAAGCGUCGACAAAUACGUCGUGGAAGGCAAACUGUACAUCCCGUUCGGUCUGUGGGCGCUCUACAACACGGUGCCUGUUCUUAUCGGCUCCCUAUUGGUCACUUACGUCGAGCCAAUAGCGGCGGGCAGCGGUAUACCGCAGGUCAAGUGCUACCUCAACGGGGUGAAGAUCCCCAGAGUUGUGAGGGUGAGGACUCUGGUUGUCAAAAGCAUCGGGGUUAUUUGCUCGGUGGUGGGAGGACUGGCUGGCGGAAAGGAAGGUCCCAUGAUCCAUUCGGGAGCUGUGGUAGCAGCAGGCAUAUCGCAAGGAAAAUCGAGCACUUUCGACAAGGAUCUCAACAUUUUCCGGUACUUUCGAGAGGACCACGAAAAACGGGACUUUGUAUCAGGGGGAGCUGCUGCGGGUGUUUCUGCGGCCUUUGGAGCACCAGUAGGUGGCGUCUUAUUCAGUUUGGAAGAAGGCACGAGCUUCUGGAACCAAGGUCUAACAUGGCGCACCUUUUUCGCCUCUGUAGUAUCGACUUUCACCCUCAACAUAGUGCUCUCCGCUUAUCACGGGGUGCCGGGCGAUCUCAACUACCCCGGUCUGUUGAAUUUGGGCAAAUUCGACAGCUUCACCUACGAACUGUUCGAAUUGCCUAUAUUCAUGGUUAUGGGGGCGAUGGGGGGGCUUUUCGGCGCCCUCUGGAAUCACAUCAACUUCAAAAUCACCGUGUUUCGGAUGAGGUAUAUCAGACCUCGAUGGUUGAAGGUCAUUGAAGCGUGUAUAGUUGCAGCAGUAAGUGCUUCGGCCGGUUUUUUGAUGAUGUUCAUGUUGAACGAUUGCAAACCCUUGGGCCAGGACCCAACGAAAUAUCCAACACAGCUCUACUGCCAGGACGGGCAGUACAACGUCUUGGCGAGCAUCUGGUUCCAAACCCCGGAAGCGUCUGUCAGAUCGCUCUUCCACGACCCUCCCAACACUCACAACGCCCUCUCGCUAGCCUCUUUCGUUUCGGUGUAUUUCCUGCUGGCCGUGUGGACCUUCGGAUUGUCCACGUCGAACGGGCUGUUCAUUCCGACUCUUUUGACAGGAGCCGCUUGGGGCAGGCUGGUGUCCAUCGGGAUGUAUUCGAUUUUGCCGAAGACUUUGGGCCACCCCGGAAGGUACGCCCUUAUCGGCGCUGCGGCCCAAUUGGGAGGCGUAGUCAGAAUGACGAUCAGCCUGACUGUGAUAAUUAUGGAGACGACGGGCAACAUUGCCUUCGCUCUGCCUCUCAUCAUUACGUUGAUUGCCGCCAAAUGGACAGGAGAUUUCUUCAAUGAGGGAAUAUAUGAUACGCUCAUCCAAUUGAGCGGCGUUCCUCUGCUGCCCUGGGAACCCCCACCGUUAGUCAACAAUAUUUACGCUAGCGAAGUGAUGUCGCAUCCGGUGGUCACUUUGAAGUGCGUCGAAAAUGUCGGCCACAUCGUCGAGCUGCUGAAGCUGACGAGUUACAACGGCUUUCCCGUCGUAGACCCGCCUUUGACAGAUCAGGCGGAAGUAACGACGUACGGUCGAAUCCGAGGCCUGAUUUUACGAUCCCAGCUCAUCGUGAUGCUGAAGAAAAAAAUGUUCAACGAAAUAUCGGAUUACUGGGACAACGUGACUUCUUCCACAUUCAGAAACGACUAUCCUAGGUAUCCUACCAUCGACAAAAUUUCCAUAAGCGAGGAAGAAAAAACGUAUUUCGUUGACCUGCGGCCGUUUAUGAAUCCAUCUCCAUAUACAGUAUUACACUCGUCAUCUCUGCCUAGGACGUUCCGAUUAUUCAGAGCCCUUGGAUUGAGACACUUGCCAAUUGUCAAUGAUAGUAAUGAGGUGAUUGGUAUGGUUACUAGAAAAGAUUUAGCUCGUUAUCGAGUCUGGCGACAUAGAGGACGAAUGGGUGUAGAAGAAUUAUUAGUAUCCAAGUAG